UUGCCUAAAACCAGAGGCAUCUUCCCCGUUGGGAGCAGGGGGUGACCCCUUUUCGAAGGUGCUCCAGAAUCCCUCCUGCGACUUAUUUAUUUAUUUAUUCAUUUUUAAAAGAGGGCAUUUCUGCAAGGAGGAGAUUCCCUAUUGCCUCUCUUCUGCUCCGGUUGUACUCUUCCAAUGUGGCGCUGCGUUGUGGUGUGAAGAGAACAUUGUUAAUCACUGGAAAUCCACUUCUCUAGUAAAUUAAAAGGGCAUCAUAGAACUUUCCAAAGGCAGAAUGGACUUCAAAAAGCAUACCACUUGAGAUCAAUAGAUAGUGGAUAUAUCUUACGACUAAUGGAAUCUUUCUGCAGCGUCCGGUGAAGCCAAACUUCUCACUAUGGUGCAAAGGGAGAGAACUGGAUUUCCCAGACUUGGCUACGCAACCCUCCUCCAAAGUGCAAACAAAAGAUAAGAGCAAGAAAAUCCCAUUUGUAAUGAGAGCGAGGAGCUGGAUAUAGCUAAACAGGUGCUGACUUGGUUGCAUCUUCCAACAUGACCAAUCCCCAGCCUGCUAUAGAAGGCGGAGUUUCAGAAGUUGAAAUAAUAUCACAGCAAGUAGAAGAAGAAACCAAAAGCAUAGCACCUGUACAGCUUGUUAAUUUUGCUUAUCGGGACUUACCACUAGCUGCACUAGAUCUGUCUGUAGCAGGUUCCCAACUAUUGUCAAAUUUGGACGAGGAGUACCAAAGAGAAGGAUCUAACUGGCUAAAACCGUGCUGCGGGAGACGAGCUGCUGUGUGGCAGGUAUUUUUGCUCAGUGCAAGUCUCAACAGUUUCCUGGUAGCCUGUGUAGUAUUGGUGGUGAUCCUUCUGACUCUGGAACUCCUAAUAGAUAUAAAGCUUCUCCAGUUUUCAAGUGCAUCACAAUUUGCUGGCGUUAUCCACUGGAUCAGUCUAGUUAUCCUCUCUUUGUUCUUUUCAGAGACUAUUUUGAGAAUUGUGGUUCUUGGCAUAUGGGAUUACAUUGAAAACAAGAUAGAGGUAUUUGAUGGUGCUGUGAUGUGAUAAUCCUUGGCUCCUAUGGUGGCGUCUACAGUGGCCAAUGGGCCAAGCAGUCCAUGGGACGCUAUCAGCCUUAUUAUCACACUGAGAAUUUGGAGAGUCAAAAGAAUUAUUGAUGCAUAUGUACUACCCAUUAAAGUGGAAAUGGAGAUGGUGAUUCAGCAAUAUGAGAAGGCAAAGGUCAUUCAAGAUGAGCAACUGGAAAGAUUAACCCAGAUCUGCCAAGAGCAGGGGUUUGAAAUUAGGCAGCUGAGAGCUCACCUAGCUCAGCAAGAUCUGGACUUGGCCGCUGAGAGAGAAGCCGCACUGCAGGCCCCUCACCUUCUGAACAAGCAGACCAGCAACCGGUACAAAGUUGUAGCUGCUGGAGGCGAUUCUGAUGACGAGGCAACGGAGAAUGUCAUGGAAAUGCGGCCUCCUCGGGAAGCCAUGGUCAAAGAUGAUAUGAACAACUACAUCAGCCAAUACUACAAUGAGCCCAGUAGUGACAGUGGCGUUCCCGAAGGUGCCAUCUGCGUCAUCACCACAGCAGCCAUUGACGUCCACCAGCCCAACAUCUCCUCAGACCUCUUCACCGUGGAAGUGCCAAUGAAGAUCAUGGGGAGCAACGGGAUGUCCACCAGCGUCGCCUCAGGCAGUGCCUCCCGAUCCACAGACAGCUCCGUCACCCGGGCCCAGAGCGACAGCAGCCAAACCUUCGGCUCUUCCACGGACUGCAGCACCACCCGGGAGGAGUCCUCGGAGUAUUGCCCCUUGGAGAGGCCCUGCCAUGUAUCCCAACGGGAGCAGGGCGAUCCUUCUUCCGCCCACGCCAGGGUCAACAACGCGGUGGUGCAAGAACUGCUCUCCUCUUUAUCUGAAGACUCCUGCUUGACAGAAAAAGGACUGAACCCGGUCAACCUGAAACUGCCGAGCCCAGCAGGGUCUACCAAAGCUAGCCCUGAACUGGAGCAUCGAGUAAAUAUUUAUAACAAGAAGAACCAAGAAACCUUUGGCGUGUUUCAGAUCAAGCCAGUCAUCCACUACCAGCAGAAUGCAUCCAUGAUCGACAAGUAUACAUCUUUGGAAUCCAAAGAUCAAAAAUUAAACAGGGUCCCAGAUUCGUAGUCCUUUUCCUGCCAUGGGGAAGGGGUGGGUGGGGUUAAAAUAAAAUUUAAAAAUAUGCUUCAGAGAGGGGAGAUGUUCUAGAGCUUUAAAUGGGGCCCUUGGAACCAUCCAUGAACGGACAUGUUGUUGGAAUCAGAAUGAAAUGAAAAUCCAUUUUUUUAAAAAAAAUGCAUGAGUUGGGAGAGCCAGCACGAAAAACUUGACAAUUGCUACUAUUUGAAGUCCUCAGGCUUCACCUCCCCUACCCCACCUAAGGAAGAGAUGGGGCUGUGGGAACCACUCUGUUAAAACAAUGACCUCAGAUAUGUAUAGAUUCUUAAUAUGUUCUUUUUCUUAAAAAAAAAA